AAAAUAUUCCAAAAGAAACGGAAACCGAAGAAGAAAAGAUGAUGCUGAACAGAACACUUGUUUCUUCUUCCUCACUUUCUCUCUUACCAAACUCAAAACCUUUCGUCUCCUCCGGAUUUCGUUCUUCCUCCUUCUCCGGCGGCUUCAUUCGCAGAAUCGACCAUAAGCCUCUCCGUGUGAUGACUCCCAAUUUGACACCGAGAGCUAUGGCGGCACAGCAGCUCGAGAACGCCGAUCAGCUCAUCGAUUCCGUUGAAACUUUUAUCUUCGAUUGUGACGGAGUCAUUUGGAAGGGAGAUAAAUUGAUUGAGGGAGUUCCUGAAACUCUUGAUAUGCUCCGUGCCAAGGGAAAGAGGUUGGUUUUUGUGACGAACAACUCAACUAAAUCUAGGAAACAAUAUGGCAAAAAGUUUGAGACUCUUGGCCUGAAUGUUAACGAGGAGGAAAUAUUUGCUUCUUCUUUUGCUGCAGCUGCAUACUUGCAGUCUAUUAAUUUCCCCAAAGAUAAGAAGGUCUACGUGAUUGGUGAGGAGGGUAUUUUGAAAGAGCUCGACCUUGCUGGUUUUCAAUACCUUGGAGGUCCGGAUGAUGGUAAAAAACAAAUUGAACUGAAGCCAGGAUUUCUCAUGGAGCAUGAUAAUGAUGUGGGAGCUGUGGUGGUUGGAUUUGACCGCUAUUUCAACUACUACAAAAUUCAGUAUGGAACUCUCUGUAUCCGCGAAAACCCGGGCUGUCUUUUCAUUGCUACAAACCGAGAUGCUGUCACUCACCUUACCGAUGCUCAAGAAUGGGCAGGUGGUGGCUCUAUGGUUGGUGCUCUUGUUGGAUCCUGUCAACGUGAACCUCUUGUAGUUGGCAAACCCUCAACUUUUAUGAUGGACUAUUUGUCAGACAAAUUUGGAAUUGAAAAGUCACAGAUAUGCAUGGUGGGUGAUAGAUUGGACACUGAUAUUUUGUUUGGGCAGAAUGGUGGUUGUAAAACUCUUCUUGUCCUCUCUGGUGUUACUUCAAUCUCCAUGUUGGAAAGCUCUGAGAACAAGAUACAACCAGAUUUCUACACCAGCAAGAUUUCUGAUUUUCUCUCCCUCAAAGCAGCUAAUGUGUGAUAGAACAAGAAAUCACUUUACUCUGUACAACUCAGCAACUACAGAGUCAAUCCACACGUUUAUCUAUGUAUAAACUUUUUCUUAGCUUAUUUUGGCAAGCUUCAUUUAUUCGAAGCGUCUUCCUCUA